AAAGACACCGAUUUGGGGUUAAAUUUUUUGUUUUGUGUGAUGUGCUCACUGGCUACGUGCAGGACAUGAUCAUCUACUCCGGAUCUACCACUGACAUCCAACACUACCAAGGGCUUGGAAUUUCUGGAUCUGUUGUAAUGACACUGCUAGAACCUUACCUCAGAAAGGGUCAUGUCCUUUAUGUGGACAACUGGUACAGCAGUCCCACACUUUUCCAACACCUCCUGUCUCUUGGCACUGGAGCCUGUGGGACUGUGCGUGCAAACAGGAAAGCGAUGCCAAAGUUCACCUGUAAAAUGAAAAAGGGAGAAGUAGAAUUCAGAGAAAACGGAUCACAGUUGGCAGUCAAAUGGCAUGACAAGAGGGAUGUUCAUGUCCUUACCACAGUCCACCCAACUGGAAUGGCAGCCACAAGAAAGCUUGAUCACAUCACUGGGCAACCAAAGAUGAAGCCAGUGUGUGUGCUAGAGUACAACAAAAAAAUGGGGGCUGUUGACAAAGCUGACAUGAUGACUGGUUUUCUUGAGUGCGCCAGAAAGUCCACCAAGUGGUACAAGAAGGUUUUCUUUCACCUACUUGAUACGGUUGUACUCAACAGCCAAAUAGUGUACCGUCAACUUACUGGGAAGGAAACCACCUCCAUGCAAUUCAGGAUGAACCUAAUGAGAGGGCUGCUGGAGGAGUACAGCACAUCCCGAUGUCCAUCUAAAGGGGGCCGUCCUGCUUUGGAUACUCCUCUGCGCCUUACAGCCAGGCAUUUUCCAUCUGAGGUACCUCAGACCACUUCCCAGGGCCGUCGGACCAGGCGACACUGCAAGGUCUGCCUCUCCAGUACACGCAAGAGCAAGCAGAGGUGCCUCACCAAAUACAUGUGUGUGCAGUGCAACACUCCUUUGUGUGCUGCCCCAUGUUUUGAGGAGUACCACACACUGAAGCAUUAUUAAGCCUGUAAAAAAAAAAGAAAAAAAAAAAGUUUGUGAAUCUUU